GACUGCCCGUCGUAGCGGAGCGAGGGGCAAACGAGGAUGCCGAUUUCGUGCCCAAGGACCCAGCGGGUACCCUGUUCUCUUUCAGGACGCUCCUGCGGUACACCGGCUCAGGCUGGCUCAUGAGCCUGGCCUACUUGGACCCGGGCAACCUGGAGAGCGACCUGCAGAGCGGCGCCUACACGGGCUACAGCCUGGUCUGGGUGCUGUUCUGGUGCACCGCGGCGGGGCUCCUGCUGCAGGUGCUGGCCGCGCGCCUGGGCGUGGUUACCGGGUUGAACCUCGCGCAGACGUGCCGGCAGGAAUAUUCCCGACCAACCUCUCGGGUGCUCUGGGUGAUGACAGAGAUUGCGAUCAUCGGCUCGGACGUGCAGGAGGUGCUUGGCAGCGCGAUCGCCCUCAAGACGCUCUUCGGCUGGCCCCUCUGGCUUGGAUCCCUAGUCACUGGCCUCGACACCUUCACCUUUAUGCUCGUGCACUACCUCGGGAAGCGCCUGCUGGAGUUGCUCAUUUUUGUUCUCAUUGUCCUGAUGAUGGUGUGUUUCUCGCUUAACUGGGGCCUCGAUGUGCCCCCCGCAGCGGACAUGCUGAAGGGCUUCGUGCCCCAGGCCCCCAUCUAUGCCGUUGUACAGCUGGUCGGCACCAUUGGCGCGGUGAUCAUGCCUCACAACAUCUAUCUGCACAGCGCCCUGGUCCAGCAGCGCAACCUCGACCGCACCGACGACCAGCACGUGCGCCAGGCGAACAAGUACAUGUUCUUGGACAGUGCCGUGGCCCUCGCAAACGCGGGAGACGUGGGCCCCCUGGCCUGCGUCUUCCACGUGAGCAAGCCCUCCGAUCAGUGCCAGGGCCUAGCUUGCGAGGCCUGCGGAGCAAAGGGCGCGACCGGGUUCUGCAGCGAGAUCGGCCUCGAGAGCGCGGCGGGCGCGCUGGUGAAGCUCUUCGGUCGGCACGGCGACCUCGCGCGGACCCUCUUCGCUCUCGGCGUUCUGGCCGCCGGGCAGGCGUCCACGAUGACUGGUACCUUUGCGGGGCAGUACGUCAUGGAGGGUUUCAUGGAGUGGCGGGUCCCCAUGUGGGUGCGCACGCUGCUCACGCGGUCCAUUGCGCUGGGGCCCGCUGUCGCCGUCGCCUUGCUCGCGUCUUCGACGCCAAACCUCAGCAACACUGCGAACGAGUGGCUGAACAUCCUGCAGUCGGUGCAGCUGCCCUUCGCGCUGUUGCCAGUGCUCCACUUCAACGCGGACAGGAGAGUGAUGGGUCAGCACGUGCUGUCGCCGGGCUGGCAGGCGGUCUGCUGGUCCAUAGCCUGCCUUGUCAUCGCCGCGAACGUCUACCUCGUCAUUCAGCAGGUCGCGGAGAGCUCGUGGCUCGCCUGGCUGCUGAUCUUGCUGGCAUUCGGGGCCUACCUGUUCUUCAUCUCGAAGAAG